UAGAUUUUUAUACAAAUUUAAAAUGGAGGAAAGUGAGGUAAAGUUGUUGAAUUUGUCGCGAAAUGGUCGUCACCUGGAAAUCCUGGAGUUAUUGGACGCACACCCCAACAUAGAUAUCAACUGUAAAGGUAAAUCGAAAAGCACGUACAGUUGGACUGCUCUACACCUUGCUAGUUAUUUUGGCCACACGGAGGCAGUAAAAGUGCUCCUAUCAAGGGGAGCGAACCCGAACAUACGAAACCACACGGGGGACACCGCGUUGCAUAAAGCUUCACUUACUAAGCGGGAGGAGGUUGUCCAUUGUUUAUUGGAGCAUAGUUCCAACCCGACGAUCGCAAACGACGAUCGUAAAACGCCGAGUCAGGUUGCGUCUGAUAUUGCGAUCAAGAAUGUUUUGGAAGCGGCUGAAAAAGUUCACGUUUUAAAAGAAACCGAAAAAUUCCUUCAAUUUGUGAAUAUGGAAGCUUUGUAAACAUGGACACCCCUGAUGAACAUGGCAACACUGCUUUGCACCAUGCAGCCAUGCGCGACCAACGGACAAUAGCCAUUGUUCUAUUGCAACAUGGGGUCGAUCCAUCAAAGAGGAAUAAACAAGGUGAAAGGGCUUGUGAUGUCACAAUGAGCAGCCAGAUGAAGAAAAUAUUGGACGUUAAACCUGUGCGCCAGAAUCAUAAUAUGGUGCAGAGGUUUGAAGGGCCAUUGAUGAAGAAGAAGCGAUUCUUAAGCCCUCGUUGGCAUUGGGUGGUGCUAGAGAGGGGAGUGAUCUCGUAUUUUGCUCGACGAGCAGACGCUGCAGUCGGAUCAAAACGGAGAUUCUUUAAAUAUUUGACCGAAUCCACAGUUACGACGCGCGAGGACAACAAUCACGGGUUCGUCGUUCGUUUCUUUGACGGAUCUUUCCACCACUUGAUGGUGAACCAGAGCAACAAGCCGCUGAUUAAUAGACAGAAAUGGGUGGACGCGAUUCGGGAGCACGCUGAGUACAGCAACCACUUUGUUGCCGCUGACAACGUCGUCGACAGCGAUUCAGAAUCUGAUGACCCGAUUAUUCCAAUCAUAGAUAUCAAAAAUAUUGUGCAGACAGCUGAAGUCCACCAGAAAGUUCUCCAAACCCACGUAGAACAUCUUACGCCAUUAAUCCAAAAGUUCAUCGCAGAUGAAACUACGGGCAAUAAAGACCGCCAACUAAUGCCCACCCAUGUGCUGGGAAAAUGCCAUGAGAUCCUGGGUUCGGCUACAGACAUGAUGAAGGAGUUCCAGAUGUGUCUGAAUGUAAUGCAAAGGCAAGAGCAGAUUCGAGAGUCGAAACUGUUAGACGAAUGCGAGAGAAACCGGGUUCUUCAGCAAUCAUUACAAGCGCUCGCUACCCAACACCACAACCUGGAACUCACCAUUGAGUCUCAAGCGGGGUCGGCUAGGGAAAGUCCUUCGAAGAUGCCCUGCACCCCGGAAGAAACAUUAAACGAAGCGACAUGUUCGAGGCAUUGCUCCAACAACUCCAAGACCUCUAGUGGUGGGUUUCUAAGCGAUGAGGACGAGUUUUACGACGCAAUAUCGGGAGAUUCUGACGACGAGGAUGAUGUCAUGAACUUCGAAGACGUCUCAUUGGUUGAGGCUGACGAGGAGCCGAAAUAUCACGCUGUAACGAGAGGGGAUUAUGACCCGACAAUAAAUUCUGAUGAGUCACAAUCGAAAUCGGAGACGAGCUCUCUAGCCCCUGUUGGUGGGCAUCGGGAUAGACUUGCGUGCCCGAUGUUUUCAAGGGAUGAGUUCAGUAUAUGGCACAUAUUGCGACAAUGCAUCGGGAAGGAGUUAUCCAAAAUAACGAUGCCGGUAAUAUUCAACGAGCCCUUAAGUUUCAUUCAACGCUUGUGCGAAUAUAUGGAAUAUAGUUGUUUGUUGGAACGAGCGUGUAACGCAGAGGAUUCAGUCCAGAGGAUGGAGUAUGUUGCAGCAUUCGCCGUCUCAGCACUUGCAUCCCAACUUGAUCGACUCGGAAAACCAUUCAAUCCAUUACUGGGGGAAACAUACGGAUAUGAAAGGUCGGACCUUGGUUUCACGUGGGUGUCGGAACAAGUAUCCCACCACCCCCCUGUUUCCGCCUUCCACGCCACCGGCACCAAACACCCGUUCACCUUCCAUGGCUCGGUUCACCCCAAACUCAAGUUUUGGGGCAAGUCGGUUGAGAUUGAACCAAGGGGGUGGGUGACGCUGCAUCUCAAAAACCCCGAUGAGACGUACACUUGGACGAACCCAAAAUGUUCGGUUCACAACAUUGUUGUCGGGAAACUUUGGAUUGAACAACAUGGGGUGAUGGAGAUAACUAACCACAGGUUUGAAGCGAAAAUAAUCGACAUUAGCAAACAGACGGUACGAAUCCUUGAAGGCGAUUGGACGAAACAUUUAUAUUCGUUUAGCGUCGACGCACAUGAACGAUUUGUUGCCACAGCAACGCAAACUAACAAUGGCACGAAGCAAAAAUCAAGUCGGAAAAAAACACAAAACUCGAGCACUUCAAGUGACGACAUAGCUAGCUUUAUGACAUCACAAGAUGAUGAUGUCAUGUGUCGAUGUUUGUGGGAGGUGCAGGAGCGUCCUGAUUGGUCCGUUGAGAUGUACAACAUGACGAGGUUCGCCAUGAGUCUGAACGCCGAUGAAUCUAAAGGACACGCCCCGACAGAUUCAAGAUUGAGACCAGAUAUACGAGCGCUCGAAAAUGGCGACAUAGAUGGGGCAAGUGGUGAGAAACAUCGCUUGGAAGAAAAACAAAGAUCCGCUCGUAAAGCGAGGGGGAAGAAGAAAGCCGAGUGGACUCCAAGGUGGUUUGAAAGAAGAACAAACGAUGCAACAAAAUCGGACGACUGGAUUUUUAACGAAAAAUAUCUUGAUUCUGAUUGGUCCAAAUGUCCCGAUAUAUUUUGAGAUUAUUAUUAUUUGUCACAAUCGCCAUUGUGACGUCAUUAUUUAUGAUUUUAGUACUAUUGUGACAUCAUAGUUGUAGGAAAUCUAUAUAAGGUGCAAUUCUCGCUUCCAGGGAACCCCCUAACCCAACACUCUUAACCGUGGUAUAAUAUUUUAAUAAGGAAGUAAAAAAAUCGCGAAAGAAUGA